AUGGUAGGCGAUCCAAGAGAGACAAAUAUGCUGGUCGUAAACCAACUCCCGCGGCAGCAGCUAGCAGAACCGGAACCUUGCGAGGAUAGCGACAGCAGCAGCAAUGAUGGCAAUGAACUCUUUCUGACAAUGUCGAAAAGUCAAGCUGCCAAGACUAAGUUUCCUCCUGGCUGUCCCAUUAUGAUGUCCGUCUCUUCUCCCAAGAUGCCUCAGUUGAUUACGCAAGUACUCCAAGGGACUGUAGAGAAGGUUGGCGUUCUAGUGAUUGGUGGUCAGGUGGAAGGUGGCAACAUUUAUCAGGUUCAAGUUGCAGGGGAUGACACGUUCCGACGCGUGCCAGAGAAGGAUUUGGUCAUUGGUCUGGGGGCACCCGUCUGGUUUCAUGCUUCUGGUACAUUUGAGGAGGGAAUGAUUCUGGCAUCACAACAAGUGCCAUCCAUCAUGGUGGCUCAUGGCAGUGCGGAUGUCGUCUAUUCCAUUCAAGCCACAACCAGCAGUCCUUUUCUGGUUCAUCACGGGGUCCAACCGCAUCAAGUCUUUUUCAAAGCGAAAAAGUUGACACUCGAUGGCGUCAAAUCAAUCUACAAGAAACGAAUCAAGAAACUCGCCGCUCAACAACAACAGCAACAACAACAACAACAACAACCACAAAGUACACUCAUCUUGCCGGAAUCUGCCAAGAAGGAAGAACAAGAAGGGGCGGAUCAGGAACAAGGGAACAUCAUCCAAGAGCUGGACAGCAUGGGAUCGGUCCAACAACACAAAGACUGCAGCAAUAGUGGGAUUCAGCAGAUGCACAACCAAGGACGAGAGCAGGAGGAACAAGAGCUAGAGCAGCAAGAAAUGGAAGAAGAACAACCUCAACAAGAAAUGGGAGAACAGCAGUGGGCACAGCAACAAUUCGAGGAAGAGCCGCAGCAGCAACAUGACCAAUCUCCCCUCCGAGAUGAGCAGCUGGAAGAACUUUUCCUACGAGAUCCGCCACAUGGUUUAGACCAUGGAGGGCCCGAGGAGUCAUCAAUGCAGAUGAUGGAGGAUAGACCCAACUCGCCGAGAGUCUCUGUUGUGCCGCCAGAUUCUGUUCCGUCGGAUCCUUCUGUGGUGGAUGGGGAAGAGAAUGUUGCCAUUCGAGAGCAGCACCAAGAGCAAGACAAGGAAGUAGCUGAGGAGUUGUCAGAGACGGAGGUGAAUCCGACUCUCAAAUCGAGAAGAGUUUCUGUUAUGCAGCCGGAUGCAGUUGUUGCAUCUGAUCCCGCUCUGAUGCAGCAAGAUUUUUCGCUAGGCGAUGACCAGCAAGACCAGCAAGGAGCCAACGAGACGCCAGAGCCAGUGUGGAACUCGCCUCCCAAAUCCCGAAGAGUCUCUAUUAUGCAACCGGAUUCUGUCGAGUCUAAUCCUUGUUUGACGCCGCAUGCGGAAAAUGUCGUUGAUGGAAGGGUUGGCGGCAAAAGCAGUAGUCUGCAAAGAGUUUCCGCGGUCCAGCCCAUGGCGGAGGAACUGGAGGCAGUGACGGAUACUGAGGCGCUACCGACUUCCUCUGGUACUGAUAGCGAGAACACCAGCGUGCCCAAGGUCCGAAUCAAGUUGGAGCAAGAUUGUUGCUAUACUGCAAGCGUCAGCACCCCUGCUAAAGUACAUCAAGACACUAUGGACAGUGUCAAUACCGCCGUGAGUCCACCCUGCCCCAAACCAUCUCGAGCACGAAUGGUGUCCACAACUACGACUACAUUGCAAGAGGACGACACUCAGGGAUACCACCCAACUGCCACUCUUGCGGAGUUGGCGGCGAUGCAAGAUGCAGAACCCACAGCAACAUUGGAAACAACAGAACGAACCAAGGGCACUAGUGCUAAUAGAUGCCCGACGCCUGAAUGUGCCGCUGAUCUGCGAGCUGCCCGUACACCGGACGUUGUGCCGUCCGCUGCAGCGCCAAUAGAGGCUGAGAAGCGGGCAACGACGUCUGUACCGCCACUCGCACGAGACGACAGUUUGUCUCCAGUGGAGUGCCACAACGGUGACGCAGGUGGUGACACGGUUGGCGUUGGCGGUAACCAAAAGAACAGUGGGGAUGGGACGGGAAAACAAGAACGAGCUUUUGCGCCUGCUGCGGGGCCAUGCGAUUCUUCGACCGACGAUGAUGUUGACAAUCCUUUUGCGCCUCGUCGCGCUCCCGUCAAACUCAAACUGAAGCUAAAGAUACCAGGAAAGCAGAAGAAACAGCCCACAAAGAAGAAGUGCCAAUUCUUCGAUGACAAAGAUGAUUCUCCUUCUCCGUCACCAUCAAAGGGGAAGAAGCGAUUGAGGAAGAAGAAACGUCUUUCGAACUCUGAUGAAGAGGCUGGGAAUUGUAUUAUUCCUACUGCAUCACGAGGGAAGAAGAUGCAAAAGAAGAAACAACCAUCGGUUCUCGAUUAUGAUGGGGACAAUGACGAUACCUCAACAAAACGACCAGGGAAAAAGCUGAAAAAGAAGCACAAAAAGCAGAUGCUUUCUAUCAUGGACAGGGAUGAUGGUUCUUUGAAUGGGGUGUCUGUUUCCAGCGCUGGGGAGGAUGCAUCCUUUCGCGAGCCUAAGCCUGGUCGUGGCCGAAAAGGUUCGUCGAACUGGGACGGUGUUGACGACGAUUUCUCGCAAGAUGCCUCAAUGGGGGCUUCGUCACAUUCAAGCGUUGGUACUCUAGAAAGAAAUCCCUCGAAAAAGAGAACGGCGCUGUCUUUGGCGGUGGCUGCGGAUCCAUCUUCGGCAAAAGGCGAUAAGCCAAGGGAACCUAACAAAAAGGAUAGCGGCGACAAAGGGAAGAAUGGGAUGGGGUUUGCAAUCCCGAGGAAGAAGCCCGUUGCCUCCCCCCCUUCUCGUGGUCUUCUGGUGGAAACAACCGAACGUGACAUUGGUGUCGGCGGCACCGCAAAAGGCUUGACAUCAGCCGAGGUUGGUGCGAUACGAGGAGCACGCGUGGAAAAUCGCGUCCCGAACCGUCAUUUUCAACGCAUCAAUGUUGGUGGUUACCACGAAUUUGGGAGGGCUUACGGCCUCCUUCGAGCUCAUCGAUCAAGUCAAGGCAUAUCGCUGGAUGAUUAUGGUGGCGUUGGCAAGGAGGUGUACGGACAUUGCUUGAAAUGGCAUCUGGGGGCUCGGUGUCGAAAUGACUGCAUCAGAUCCAGCAGCCAUCGUGCCCUGAGCCAUGACGAGUCAAGAGAGUUGGAAGAAGCCCUAGCACCAGCCAUUGGGGUCAAUGGCCCCAUUUUUUGUCGGCCAUUGCAGUUGUCUCGUUCUUUCUCUGGCAACAUGGGGGCUGCAUCGGACAACGUUGACGAGGCAGCAGUAGGGGACGACUAUGCCAACUCUCGACCAACAAAGCGGCAGAAGUUGUUUGCAGCCACGCAGAUCGACCAAUCACCUGGGUCGGUCACUCUGAAGCUUCGCUUACCACGUUACUUCGGCGCGAAUUUUUUAGUCAAUUCAAUUGAGGGAAAAGGGAGACGACUCGUCGACAAGUUGUCCAAGUUGUUCUCUUGUGGCAUUAGCAUUGAAGGGAAGCUGAUAAACCGUUGUUGGUCGAAGGAGAGUGUUGGCGAAUCUCUCGUCGUUCUCAUCACAGGGACCUCAGUGGAGAAACUAUUCGAAUGCCAAAUGUUGAUCGAAAGGAUUUUGUUCAAAGCAGUGCCUCCUUCUCUACGAGGCUGUCUUUUGGCCAAUAUUGGUGGCCUCAACGACUACCGAACCAAACAUGAUCAUGGCAUCAUUCACACGAUGAAUCCAUUUUCAAACGGUGAAGAUCCUGAUGACAUGCAUUAUGUGCUGAGUCACAAAAGAGAUCUGCUUGUUCGUGUUGCAAGAGACUGCAGGGAGCGUUUGCUCAGGGAGUAUCCUUCAUGCCGCAUUGAAGUAACGGAGCCACACGAAGACUUUCACAUGAUCCGUUCUCACGUUGUGAUUUCGAGUCCUGAUUUGGCUGAUUGCAUGGCGUGCAGGGACCGGUUGCAGUGUUGGGGAUCGAAUCAUUCGUAGGGUCAUUGCUGUGGGAGUUUCACUUCCAAAUCUGACUCCGGGAGUCAGAGCUUCGGCUCCAACUGCGACAAUUGACGAGGGGUACCGCCUGAUAUGUGAGGGUAAAAUUAGAUACUUGUUGAAAGCGCCACAGCUGCCUUCCAGUACCGUUUUGCCCAGGCAGCUACAGAACAACAUUGUGGACCGUACAUGUAGCGUGCAAAAGGGCUUUCUGCGCGUGAGACCCCACAGGAGGUCACUACACAUAUUGAGGCGGCUGUGUAAGUGUCACAUCGUGGCCCUUCUUGAAGUCGAUGCGGUCGCCAUGAUAGGCACCUAACUAAGCAGUGACACUGCUAUGGUAGCUGCCACGAAAAGUCUUCGUUAACCGCUGCCAUAAUACAUACGGCGAAGAUUGGUGGCCACGAUGUGUUGUCGUCCGUCUGGAGCCUUGACGCCCUUAUUGCAGCAUUCAGUACUGGUAGCCAACCGCCACAGUUUCUUCGUGACCAACAUUUUGAAUCCUGACGGUGUGGCCUCAAUCUUCUCAUUCUCGGCGUGGAGCAGCGGAGCUUGAUAGCGCGCUUUUUAACAAUCUGCACCGUAACAAGACGCAACAAUAGCGCCAUGGUCAUCCUUCGUUCUUGUUGCAACUUGCGCGAGGUUGCAAGAAAACUAGUUCGUUCGUUUCCUUCUUUCUUUGCCUCCAGUCGCCACACUCAGCCGAGAGAAUGUCGUCGUUCUUUCGGCUCCACAACAGGUACGGUACGAGUAGCGAUCUAGCUAUACUCAUACCGGUGUCUUGGACGCUUUGUUUCUUGGUAUCCCCGUCCAUCGUUGUAGUAGGACCUGCUGCUCGAGUAUCCCUUUCUGCCAUUGUCGUCGUCACGGUCGUGGUAGCCAUCAUAUCCACGACCGUAACGACGAGCUGCUCGUUCACUGACGAUGGGGCCAUUCGUCCCCGUCACAGGUUCGAGUGCCUCUUCCAAACUCCUUGCAUCUUCCGACGAAAGUUGAUAAUGAUCCCACCGGCGUUUGCACGCGGAAGAACAUUUUCCGAUCAAGUGAUACGCCAAACAACGAUCGAGGAUGGCAUUGUCAUGAUUACCCCCCUGAGCUAGCAUUUUCCGUGCGUCCUUGAUUUGAUGAGGCCUCCCGAACACAAUGUGUUGAAAGGGGUUUGGAAAAUCGUUGAAUUCAGUGAUGGCAGACCAUUUUCGUUUUGCCUUUUUGCAAUGGUUGGAUUUGUUGGACUUUCCAACAGGAUGGUCGUUCGCGAUAGGAGCAACAUCAGAUUCUGCAUCGUCCAAACGUUCUUGUUUAACCCCAGAAGAUGUGCUUGCCUCACAGAAAUCGAUUCUGUCUUUGGAUUGGCUGGAAUGGGUUUCUUCCAUCGAGGAGACAAUUGGCUUUUCCAGAGGGGUUGUUGUGUCCAUGGUUCCGGUAUGGUCACGCUCGCCAUCCUUUGGCGCAGUCGUCGUCUGAGGGAGGAUACCAUCGCGCGGCGGCUGGACAUCUGUGAUUGCAACUGGAAAGUCCUCGCUGCAAGGACUUGCUUGCUGUUGCCGUGUACUAAUAGCAGAGACAUCAUCAUCCGUGGUAGACAGAACCGCGGUGGAUGCCAAAGUUGCAAAGACGGGAACAACUGGGCUCGACGCCCGCGCUGUUUCUGGAGAAGCACUUUUUCUGUCACCCGAAGGAAACUCGCUCAGUUCUCUCUCAUCCUCUUGUUCCAACUUUUGAUCGUACGAGCUGUCGCAUAUUACCUGAGCGCUACCUUCUGGGAUGAUUGGCUCUUGCGCAGCGUUCGGAUUGACUGUUGUCUCUUGAGCGCGACUGCACUUGUCCUCGCUACGUGAGGAUGCAACAUCCAAUGGACCAGUCUCCUCCUUCUCCAAGUGCCCUACUUGUUGGGGAGGCUGUUCAUCCUUCGUGCCUGGAUCCACACACCCUUGCCUGACUCCAUGCUCCAAAAGAUUUGAGACUCGUGGAACGACAGACCGCUUCAUCAAAUUUUGAAGAGUACUAAGGGCGGGCUUUGUUUCUUCUAGUGUAUGCAGUUCUUGUUUCUUGUUUUGGAAUGACUUGGGAGGGUGGUGGUUGUUUGGAUGAGGCGACCGAAACGACAAUAGGCUUGGAUCGACACCAUGGUGAAUUAUAAAGUUUCCCGCCACUGCUUGUAUGGAAUACGCCAAGGUCCUGCUAGUAUCAUUCUUGUUCCAGAGUGGCGCUGGAUAGCAUCCAACGACUCUAGCCUCUUCUCUACAAGGGUCUCCUUUCUGUUGGAACCAUACAGGGCAGCCGGGUGCAAAUUGGAGUUGAUUGGCGCGAAACACUGCGUUGGUAUUGCCAGUAAUAUAUGUUGACUGGUUGUCCUCGUCAUGGUUGUCACUGACAAUGUCCAGCUGAACCUUGAAGACAUCUGGUCUGCUCUUGUCGGACAAAUCAAUACCCACCUCUACCACUCUUCCAAACAGAGCCCCGGCCAGCAUGGCCUUUUCUUUGGUAGUGGUACCGGUAGAAGUGUUCGUCGUGUCACACGAAAGUUGAACGGGACAACCCACUGGAAAAUCACUGACUUGGGCCCAUUUCAAAGGCACUGCCAAGAAGUCUUCUUCUUCACAACAACUUCUAGUAGUACAUUCCGUAGAACUGGCAAUGGUAUCAUUGGUAUCGCUCCCUUUCAUCGUCUUGUCUGUCUUUGUUUGCUUUGAUGCUUCCACUUGCAGGUUGUUCCCUCAUUGCAGGACUGUCACUCUAGUGGUGUUCGGUUCGAGCGCGAAAGAAGCGCGCUGCUUCUGAUGCCAUUUUUUGUGUUGAAGGGCUGCUCGCUCGGCUUGACUGAUUGACAGUCACUCGGCUCUCCUGAGAUUUCACAGC